AUGGCAUCAAUAUCCUACAACAACGUCCCAGCCGAACAGGGCGGCAACAUCUUCAGUAACAUCAAGUUCUGGAUCCACAGAGGGGUACCUCUUCGCUCAGACUGGGUCAAACAUGUCGAGGAGAACGGUGGACAAGUCGUGGACUUGGAGAAGAAGGCUGAUUAUCUCAUCGCCGAUCAUUUGAAGGCCAGGAACGCACCGGAUGGUGCUUACAGCUGGAAGCUCAUACAAGAAUCAGUCAAGAAUGGCGCGUUGCAGAUUGCGGAUCGUUUUCUGAUCGGACCCCAUCCGGACGAUGUUCGAAGAAUAGCGGCGACAAAGGCUCCAAAAAGCACACGCACAGCAUAUACCAAUGAAGACGAUGGUCUUCUGGGCACAGUGGGAUCCUCCGCCGUCCAGCCCACCAAGAGCAGUGUGUUGACAGCAUCAGUUGCCUCGAAGCAAAACACCCCGAGCUCAUCAGAACGGCAAGCUAAAAGUCAUGCUGGCUCCUCCAGGCAGGGGACAGUUCAAACGACGAACCCGCCGCUGGCUCAGAGCCCCGAGAUCUCUCGACAGGCGGACCUGGAUCACUCGCCCAAUGUGGAAGGGGUUCGAGAGACCAGUUCUGAGACCAACUCUGAGAACAACCCUGAGACCAAUGCUGAACCCCAACCGACGGUCGAUAUCGUGGCUGCAGUCGUUGACGAUGAGGAAGAAGACGACCAGAAUAACGAGGAAGAGGAUGCAAAGAAUCAAUUCUACGGCGAUUUGGAGAAUUUUGCUUUCCAGAGUGGAAAAUCAAUCCAAUUCGAGCUUCGCAUCCAGGGCCAUGGCCGUGUUGAGCUUUGGGAACUGAUGCAACCUGUCUUCGCACAAGAUGCCCAGCCGAAUGACAUUGACUGGGCCAAAAUUGCAGCCGAUCUGGAUAUUGAACCAAAUGAGAAGAACAAAAACAAGCUCUCCGCUUACUUUGAAAAGAAUGUAGCGGAUUUCGUGGCACACUUGUACACUCUGGAGCAGAGCCGCGACGAUUCGGCGGACGAAGGCGCAGCGAAUAAGGUAUCUCAGGACGCUGGCUCCGCGGUCAAGGACUCAGUCGAGGUACCUAGGCGCAGCCGAGAAUAUGCGGUCGACUCUGGGUCUAUGGAGAACCAACCUGAUAAGCGCCAAAAGGUUGACCACGUCCCCGGCGCACCUGGCGCAAGACUUCAGCCUACGACUAGCCAGGCGCCAGAGGAACAGCAAUUCACAGGCACUGCGCGGCGUCUCUUUGCAUCGAAAGACCUGCAGGAAAUCAAGGACAGCCAGGAAGACACACAGGCCGUUCUGCAGAGCCCGGCUGUCCACUCAAGAAGCGUGGAAGCUACCCUGCCUGUCAACCAGAGCAGAACACGAGGAAAUCACGCCAUCCGACGAGAGGAUACAAUGGUUGAUAUUUCGCCCUCCCAACAGCUGCAAGAGGAGUUGAAUGCCUCCCCCAGAGUGUCUCGCCGGCCAAAUGACACUGGCACUGGGAGGCGUGACCGAUCAAUUAAGCGGAAAUUACCCUCCUCCUUCAACACCAACGUGCGACCUCCACCCUCGCAGCCUGUACCAGCAGCCUCGAGCUCGAGGCCGGAUACGAAUCACCAUAGCCACCUCACCCCAUCGCUGUCCACCAUUGAAGAAUACAUGACGUACUACGAAUCGCUUGGUUACUCUCGCUCCAUCGUUAAGCGGGCUCUUCAAGCGACGACCAUGACACCCGGCGGUCCGGCCGCAUUCGCCAUGGAGCAUCUCAAUCAACGGCAUAAGGACCUCCCCUCUGAUAUCGCUGGUGUCUGGACGGAGCGGGAUGACCGAGCCCUCCGCUUUGUGAUGCUUUUGUCCCACGACGGGCAGAGCCUUGACCGAGAGGGCAAAGACCGCCGUGAAAGGCUAUUAUUGGAAAGGGCGAGGAUGAAGCGAGCCCGGCUACUAGAGAAGCACGGGAGGCAGCGGAUGAAGCUGAGAGAAAAGUGGUUGAAUGUGAAAGGGCUUAGCUAG